AUGACUACCGACUUGAACCACGGAGGCCAGAUGAUCGAGUACAUCCAAGAUCGCCUGUAUCUGGCCUCUUAUGACUCUGCUCCGGGCUCAAGAACCCCGUUCCCUUUCCAUCUGGAUGCGCCCAAGUCUCCAAGCAAGCGGGCACGCGCCCAGCCCUCCACCCCGAGCAAGCGCCGCUCCCCGGUCUACUUCACGAUUGACGACACCCUCCUCUACAAUGCCUUUCACGCCGAUUUUGGGCCGCUCCACAUUGGACAUUUGUACCGCUUUGCCGUUUUGUUCCAUGAGAUCCUCGGCGACCCGGCCAACAGCGAUCGUCCAGUCGUUUUCUACAGCAAAACUGAUGCCCGGAGUCGCGCAAAUGCGGCCUGUCUCGUCGCAUGCUAUAUGGUCAUGAUUCAGUCUUGGCCACCUCAUUUGGCUCUUGCGCCUAUUGCGCAAGCCGAUCCUCCAUAUAUGCCUUUCCGUGAUGCUGGCUACAGUCAGGCAGACUUUAUCUUGAACAUUCAAGAUGUAGUGUAUGGCGUUUGGAAAGCCAAAGAACAGUCGCUCUGCGGACUUCGUGAUUUCAAUCUGGAAGAGUAUGAGAAGUUUGAACGAGUCGACAUGGGUGACUUCAACUGGGUUACUCCUGAUUUCCUCGCCUUUGCCUCUCCUCAACAACAGCCCGUGGAACCCAUUCCCAUGAACACUCCCGAAUACGAUGCAUUGCCCUCCACCAUCUCGGAAAUCUCCUCCGCAAAGAUUCCCAUGCCGUUCAAGAAUGUCUUGGCCCAUUUCUCCUCCCGUAACGUCGGCCUGGUUGUGCGAUUGAACUCGGAGCUCUACUGCCCAUCUUAUUUCACCGCACUUGGUAUCUCCCAUAUUGACAUGAUUUUCGAGGACGGCACCUGCCCUCCCCUGCAGCUCGUUCGGCGCUUCAUUAAAAUGGCGCACGAAAUGAUCACCAUCAAGAAAAAGGGAAUCGCAGUUCACUGCAAGGCUGGCCUUGGCCGCACUGGAUGCUUGAUUGGUGCUUAUCUAAUCUACAAAUAUGGCUUUACUGCCAACGAGGUCAUUGCCUUCAUGAGAUUCAUGCGCCCUGGAAUGGUUGUUGGACCCCAGCAGCACUGGCUGCACCUCAAUCAGGGCUCCUUCCGAGAAUGGUGGUUCGAGGAUUCCAUGCGCGAGAAGUACGCUCAGUCUACUCCCGUUACUCCUCGAGUCUCCACAAAGAAGCGCAGCAGCAACGGAGUGGUGUCCACACCUCCCAACAACAGUCACUCUAAGCGCGCGGCCCUUGGGGAGAUCGAUCAAAACGAAGCUAGUGCUUACACAGAAGAAAACCUUCCUGCACCCACUCCCGGUCAACCCCGCAAGUCACACCGCAAGGAUUCACGACACCACCCCUACUCCCGGACUACUUCUGGCUCCUUGACUGUUGAAAGCGAGCAACGCCAUCGCACUCACCGAAAGAGCAACGAGGGCAGCGAAAGUGAGGAAGAGAUUCAGCUUCGUAGGUUAGCUAAGCGAUCAUCGCGAUCUCCUGUCGCAUCUCCCACUUCGCGAUCGAUCAGCUACUCUGCCACUGUCACUGCUAGCUAUACUCUGGCCGAUAGCAACCAUGAGGAUCAGGAAAACUACAAUGCAGCCCCCAAGACUCCAGUCAGUCGAAAGAGUGGUUGCGGUGCGCCGAUAUCCGUCAGCAAGGUGCGCUCUAGCCCUCGUCGAGCAACGGACAGCACCCGUAGCAGCGAUGCUCGCGGUGUCCGCAAAGCCAGUGGUCGCGUUGGAAGCAAUUCCAUCAGCCCAGCACGGGCAGCCAAGACCGUCCACUGA